ACGCAAGGCGAAUUGGUGCGAGCAAGCUUCCACUGUCUACAGGGAGAGAAAGAAGGGAGCAUAAUUAGCGAGCGAUUCGUCAUUGUAACAUUCUUGGACUCGUACAAAGCCGCGCGUACUCCCAAUAUCCAGCAGCAACACACAACAAUUCAUCACGCGUUUCUCCGACAGCUCUCUGCAGCAUAGCUACCGUUUCUGUCAACCAAUCCGGCCUCGGUCGAAAGCCCCAUCCGCGGAAGAACAGCGGAAACAAAGCGAGCAUCUCCAGCUUUAGAAACCGAUAGACUAUCAGGAGCAAGCACAGGGCAUUCAACAGCGGGAGAACCAUCAAUGGCCCCUCACUCGCCCCGCGCCGGUCCCAGGCCCUCGCCAGUGCAGCCGUUCGGUCAGUCUGCCGGCUCGCCACAGCUGCUCCAGCAAUACAUGCUCGCCAUGCAGCACCAGCAGCACCAGCUCAACUUCCAAUAUGCCCAAGCGGCCGCAGCAGCUGCUGCUGGCGCAGCGAACUCGCAAGGGAUGCUUAACGCGUCAAAAGACAAGCCCGCUGCCGCCGCCGCAUUGCUGCUCGAGCAAGCACGCCGCCGCCAAAUGGCUUCAACAGCCGCCCUGCUACGUGCCGCCGCCUUUGGCGGAAACAGGAUGCAGGCCGCUGGUUGCGCGUUGAACGGGAGUCAAGGUAAGAUGGUGAAUCAGCCUCAGCAUCAAGGGAUGCAGCAACAGCUACAGCUCCAGCAGCAGCUGAUGUUCCAGCAGUGGGAGCAGCAGCAGAGACAGAUCCUCCUCAUGCUCCUGCAGCAGCAGCGCCAGCAAAACGCGCAGCUGCUGCACCAAAUGGCAGCAGCCUCAACUCGCAACGCGCCUCCCACCCCCGCUGCUGCUACCGCCCGUGCAGCGUCGCAGCACACUGGCAAGGCGAGCGCGGAGGCCGUGACGAAGAUGGUGCCAGAGACGACGAGCGGCCCCACGAGCCCCAGCUUCAGCAAGCCGUCGGUCCGAGAGGGCAACGUUGCGAGUGCGGUGGCGGUGGUGGCAGCAGCUGGGGAGGAGCAACGUCCGGGUUCGAUGCACGAAUUCGAGGCGUGGUUCAGCCGGUGCUGCGGCGAUGACCUUCCGCUCGCCCUGAGAAAGAAGCUGGACGCCGCUGGUGGGGAGACGGAGGUCCACGAGAGCGGCGAGGAGCUGAAGCGCAGCAGCAGCAUGAGCAGCGCCAGCAGCGCCAGCAGCGGGAGCAGCGGGAGCUUCGACGACUUCUACUUCGACACCCUGUCCUCGUCCGCCAGCAGUGCUGCCGGCGACUCUGACGGCCAGGACGUGGAAGGCUGUGACGGUGCAAACGAGUCUGACGGCGAGGAGCCGCUGCCGUCUGAGGAGGAAUUCGAGUGGCACCUGAUGUCGGUGCAGACGUCGUUCCUGUGAAUGGAAACCACGACGACUGCUCGCCCGGACCGAGUCGAAUGACGGCUCGUCAUGGUUGCUGGAGGCUCUCUCGGUCUCCGUGUAGUAGGCUGUCUGCAUCACCUCGUGCACCUCAUCCUUCCCUCUCUCGCCACCACCAUCUGCAUCAGCAUCAGCAGCGGCCUCGUACUGCCCAUAGCUUACGGCGCGCACUAUCGUGCUCCUUCUUCGUCCUGGCCUUCUCCCUUUCCUCCGAGCGCCUUCCUUCUCCGCUUGUUCCUCUCUUUCCGAGCUGAGAAGCGCUUGGAGAGAGCAUGCAGCUGCUGGGGUCAGUAAUAAGCGAGACAUAAGCGGCAGUGACACGGGGCCGCUGGCGUCUUGGCAGUGCAGGUGUUGCAGCAGCGGCUACGGCUGCCGCUGAUUGCAACUUGUGCAUGUCUCGUCUCGUCAACUCCUCUUCGGGUUCCCUCCUCUCUGUCCUCUCAUGGUCCCUCUGCGAGUGGGCUCUGCCGGUAGUUUCUUCUGGUUUGUGUGCGAUAGAUGGCCUCUUGCUCUCCGUCCUGCCUCGUCCAGCUGCCAAGGAAGGCGCUGGAGAGUGGAGGCUGGCAGGUGGGCCCUUGGCCUGUUGGCUGGCGUCACGCUGUUCUGGCAACAACCGCUGUUGCCUCCUUUCGAAGACCUCUAGUCGUGGCCUUGCCCAUGGAGUGAGUUCCAGGGGAAAGCCCCAACAUAGUGUCUUGUAGGAAUUGCUUGUGUCUGACCGCCCCGGGAUGCACUGGAUGGCUAGUUGGUGUGUUUGGAUUCGUGCAUGUUCACUAUCCUUACGGCUGCUGUGUUCUGCUCCCUGUUUAUUGUGCUUUUGGUGUUAUUUGUUUCUAAG